CACAAAUUUACAUCGGCCCCCCCUCAACUUCUGCGGUGGAACUUCCCCAGGCUUCAAGCAGAAGAAGGGAGAGAAAUAGCGUAGUUAGCGUUAUAUUCUUUAACGUUGGCGUAACAACACAAUAAUACAUCCAAGUUUGUAAUUACAAACAUAUGUUGUACGUUUAAGUACUAGUCUAACUAAGGUAAUACCUCAUUACUCUACAAAAUGGAUUCAAAGUCAAGCAAUCGGACGGACGAAGGGGAGCUGGAAGACGGGGAGAUCUGCGAUGAUGACACCGACGAAAAGGUGCUUAUACAGCAGGAUACAAUGAGGCCUAGUAGUACGAACAACAACUCAUCACGAAAUUCACGGAAAUCGAAACCAUCGGCGCGCAGUUUACCACCUCUUAUGGGUAGCCAGCCUACAGAUUUUCGACUCUUAAUGCCAUACAACCGCGGACCUCAUUCGCACAGUCCCUUCCCCCCGAACCACAGACCGCAAAGCGGACCCGAUCGGCCGCCGCCACUGGGGCCUCAUUGUGACCAGAGCCCACGUUCCAGCUUCUGGGAACGAAGUCACACAGCCCUGGGUCGAUUUAGGCACCGGUGGAAACCAGAAGAUGACGGUCGCGGGGAUUGGGGACGGGGAGGCUGGGGAGACGGAUGUGGUGGAGGGAGAGAGACUGGUUGGGUUCCCCCCGGCCGUUAUGGGCCCGGAGAGAAUCACAGUAACAAGAAAGAAUCUCCCUCGAGAAACAAACAGAAGGUAAUGAUGGGGAGGAAUCAGGUAAGAAACAAGCAGAUGAUGCACCACAAUGCUGCCAAAACCGAGAAUGGUGUCAACGAGAGCUUUGAGGAUCUCCUCACCAAGUACAAACAGAUUCAGCUGGAGCUGGAAUGUAUUAGAAAAGAAGAGAACAUGGUUCUGAAGCCCGAAGAAGACCUCCCGGCUCUGAACGAGCCUGAGCUUUCUGCCAGUAAUCCCCAGACCGAGUCGUUACCCGACACUAACAGUAUUCCCAAUGACAGCGCUGCGGAGGAGAAGAAGGUAUUUCAGGCGUUCAACCUCAAACCUCUACGACAGAAACUCCUCACUCCGGCAGAAAUUGAUGCGCUCAAAACGAAAACGGAAAAGAAAGAUCCAGAGAAAGAGGACGGUGACACGGAGAGCGAAAGAGGUCCAGCUGAACCAGUUGCUACCCCGUUUGCUAUUCCCAAAGGAGAAGAGGAGAAAGAUGGGUUGAAGAAAGAGGCGAACAAGGCAGGGGAGAAGGACACGACAGCCUGUGUGUGCUGCCGCAGCAAAUCUGAGGGCCCGGAGGAAGAGGGGGAGACGAAGUAUUCGAAAGUCGGUUGUGUGUGCUGCAGCGAAUCAUCCGAGGACUCCACUCCAUCCCCUGUCAAGUCUAAAGUGAAGGGGAGCAAUGAAGACGAGGAGCUGUCUGAGCUGCAGCUGCGUCUCUUGGCCUUGCAGUCAGCCAGCAGGAAGUGGCACCAGAAAGAACAGCAGGUAAUGAAUGCGAGCAAGGAGAAGAUCACCAACGCCAAGCCUUCCCAGGAGAAGAUCACCAACGCCAAGCCUUCCCAGGAGAAGAUCACCAACGCCAAGCCUUCCCAGGAGAAGAUCACCAAUGCCAAGCCUUCCCAGGAGAAGACAUCCAGCUCUACGUCCAGUGUAUCCAACCUAGCUGAAAGAGGCAGAGUCACCACCAGGUCUGCCUCGUCUGCUGCCUCAGAGAAGGCCAAAGCUCUGGCCAACAAGCCCCAGGAGAAGGCCAAAGCUCUGGCCAACAAGCCCCAGGAGAAGGCCAAGGCUGGGACUAAGCCUCCAGUGGAGAAGAGCAAAGCGCCGGUCAAGGGCUAUCCAGGGAGGAAGAUGGUCAGCCCAGGCUCGGUGGCCAAGCAGGCGUUCCGGAAGCAGCAGUUGAGGACCUGGAAGCUCCAACAGCAGAGAGACCAGGACGAGCUGCGGAGACAGGAAGAGGAGGAACGCCGCAGGAGGGAGGAAGAGAUCCGCAAGAUCCGGGAUCUGUCCAAUCAGGACGAGCAGUACAACCGCUUCAUGAAGCUGGUCGGGGGCUCCAAGCCGCCACUGGUGCGCAAUCCGAGCAAGUCCAGAGACAGCGACCACACUAGGAAGUCUUCUGGUAAACAGGGAUUGGACACCUCAGGGAACCUUUACCAGUAUGACAACUACGACGAGGUUGCCAUGGAUACUGACAGUGAGACCAAUUCUCCGGCGUCUUCUCCAGUACAUGAUCCAUUCGAGGUCCAAGGAUGUUUCACUCACAUGCCUAUGCCUUUCCCCAUGGACUCCCCUCAAUACAGAAUUGAUUUGGGUCAGCCGCGUUUCCUGUCCGUCAUUCCGUCCGCGCCCCCUCCACCCUUACCCCCAAUGCCCCCACCCCCGGAUGAGCUAGAGCCGCCCCCCAAGCCGCCGUUCGCUGACGAGGAAGAGGAGGAGGAGAUGCUGCUCAGAGAGACCUGCCUCAUGUCCAUGGCCAACAAGAAGGAGAUUACCCUUGACAGCGGCCCCCUCUCCCUCCCCCCUGGUCAGUCUGGUUCAGCCGGUGCCCAUGAGCAACCGGAGUGUGGUCAGCCUCAACACAGCACCCCAACCACGAAACAAGAAGUUCAGCCGGGGGCAUCACCACCCCAGGCUCCCACUGGUGAGCCCGUGAACAAUAAGUUGAACAAUAAGCUGAACAAUAAGCUCAUCUUCGACUGCAUCCCAGGGCUCCUCCCGCGGCACAAGGCGGUGGUAGUCCAGCUCAACGGUUCAGACGACAGUGACUCGGACAUGGAGACCUGCGGCAGCUCUACACGGACACAGUUUGUCUUUGGAGGCCUGGAGUUCAUGAUUAAGGAGGCCCGCAGGUCUGCAGAGGCAGCAAAAGCCAAACCGACGUCAGGGUCUGAGGAGAACGAACCAGUCAGAACUCCGGAGGCUCUAUCCGAUGCCAAGAAGGCCGAGUAUCGUCUGCUGAAAGGAGAAAUAGCCAGUAGGGAGAAACAGAAGGUUCUGAUGGACCACAGUCCCCGAGCUGUGUCCUCUCCUGCAGGCUCCGAUCCCGAUGUGGACUUUGCUGCCAAGGCAGCGGCCAAGCUACAGCUGACCGAGGCAGAGACCAACCUGACCAAACACAGAAACCUGCUCCUGAAGGACGACGGCAUCCUGAGGCAGCUCUUGCAGCAGGAGCAGAAGAAGAAGGAGGCGUUGAAGGCAGCUGAGGCCAAGGUGGCCAAGCUCAAAGAACAGCUCCUGGCCUCGGAGAAGAUCGUCAGCGCCAACAAGACCCUCCUCAACAGGCUCCAGGAACAGGUUCAUCGUGUUCAGCUCCGCGUGUCAGUGAAGAAGAGCCACAGCUUGAAGCUGCAGAAAGAGAUGGUCCAAGCCCAGGCCGCCGCAGGCAGAGAGCCAGGGGUUCAGAAACGACGCACGGACAUCAGCCACCCCUCGCCUGCGAAGCGUCUGCGGGUGGAAGUCUCUGUCGCCCCCCGCGGGACUGAGCGCCACUUCGCCGACCUCCUGGCCCAGAAGCAGCGUCUGCAGCUGCUCGAGUCGGAGUACGCCCUAAAGAUCCAGAAGCUGAAGGAGGCCCAGGCCCUCCACAACCGAGGAGCCGUCCCCGAACCCCCGCCACCCCAGGCCACCUCCACCCCAAUCCCCAGGGCUCGCCAGCCCAGUGCCCCUCCCACCAGCCCCUUCCCUUUGCCCCAGCCAUCCCUACAUGACCUCACCCAGGAUAAACUCACCCUGGUCAGCAGUGAGGAUAUCACUGAGACUGAAGACGGCGACAUGGAACCCGCCACUGCAGCAGUGCCCUCCGCCUCCACCCAGAGUGUUCGCAGGCGCUCUUUCAGAGAGACGGGCGCCUUCACCAAGCCUAAACUGGAGCCCGGUGGGACUGGACUGGUCAAGGAUUGUCCAGCCAAGUCAGCCAAGGUGAAGGCCCCUGGGCCUGGGGAGCUGUUCUUAGGGCUGGAGGUGGAGGCCCUGCAGACGAUGGACAAGCAGCAGGCCAACCUAGGAGAGCUGCUGCUCGGGGAACUACGGGCGCUAGGUGGCACUGUGGAGAAACCUCCAGCUGGGAAGGUGAUAGAGGUGGAUGUAGACAUAAUUGCUGCCCAGUCAAGCCGUGCUGAGCUGAAGCCUGUCCCGUUUGGACAAUAUCGCAGCCCUCUCCUGGUCUUCAAGUCUUACAGGUUCAGUCCGUACUUUCGGACCAAGGAGAAGUUAUCACUCAGCUCUGUGUCUUACAGCAACGUUGUAGUGCCCAAAAAGUGUUUCUGCCGCUUCGACCUCACAGGCACAUGCAAUGACGAUGACUGCAAGUGGCAGCAUAUGAGAAAUUGCACUUUCGGUGGAAACCAGCUUUUCCAUGAUAUCCUGUCGUACAACCUGGCGUUGAUUGGCUGCUCGGAGAGCAGUACUACUGAUGACAUCAGUGUUGCCACUGAAAAGUAUUUAAAAAAGCUCUUUGGGACAAACAAGGAUCGCAUGGGAAUGGACCAGAAGGCUGUCCUACUGUUGAGCAAAGUGAAUGAAAGCAAAAGACAUGUCCCUCCCUUCACCACGUGUAAGGAUCUCCGGAGGUGGAGGCCUCAGCCCGCUCGCCAGGCCAGCCCGAGCGCUGGGGACGACAGCGGGGACGAGUGUGCAGACGCCAACCCUGGUCCGGUCAAGUACGACGGUUUUUCCAAGAGGAGUUUGUCUGCUGCCAUGGAUGUGUGUGUGACCCCAGACGACAAGCGUUACUUCAUUAGUGAGACUGACGACAUAUCUAACCUGGAGACCAGUGUCCUGGAGAGCCCCCGCGAUGCACAGCUGUGGAUCAAACUGGCCUUCAAAUACCUCAGCCAGAAAGAGACCUCCGUGGCGGAGUGCCUGGAUGCUGCGUUGAACACGCUGUCUCGUGCCCUGGAGGACAACCGAGACAACCCCGAGAUUUGGUGCCACUACCUAUCUCUGUUCUCCCGCCGCGGGAAGAGGGACGAGGUGCAGGAGAUGUGUGAGAUGGCUGUUGAGCACGCCCCCGACUACCAAGUCUGGUGGAGUUACUUAACCAUGGAGAGCUCGUUUGAGGGGAAGGACUAUGUGUGUGGUCGUCUGCUGCAGUACCUACUAGACUGUUCUUGGACUAGUGGUUUCUCCGAGAGGCUCUCCUUCCAGUUGCUGGAGUCUCUACUCUACAGGGUCCAACUCAGCGUGUUCACCGGCCGGCUACAGAAUGCCCUGGCCAUCCUACAGAAUGCCUUGAAGUCGGUCACUGAGCAGUGCAUUGCUGACCACCUGACCGCGAGUGACCGCUGCCUAGUCUGGCUGUCCUUCAUCCACCUGACAGAGUUUGACCGCCUGCCGGCCAGCUUGUAUGACCCGGCCAACUCCAACCCUUCCCGGGUGGUAAGCACAGAGUCCUUCGCCCUCCCCUGGAGACAGCCGCUCGACGUCCGCACCGAGCCUGACACACUUAUCGCUGUGUUCGAAGAUGCAGUACGUCAGUGCACAGACCAGACUCUGCCUCCCAGUGAGAGAACUCUGGUCUGUCUGCCUCUAUACACAAAUCUCAUCGCCUGCUACAGCCUGCUGGGAAAGUACGAUGCGGGCCUGGAGCUGUGUGAGUCCCUGUUGGCGCUGUGCCCGCAGUCAUGUGUCCUGUUAGAUGCACUGUCAGGGCUCUACGUGGGGAAGGGGGACUGUGAGCAGGGUGUCUGCGUGUGGCUACGGGCUCUGUCCCAGUGUCCACACAAUGCAGAAGUCUUCUACCACACCUGCAAGUUCUUUUUGGCACAGGAGAAGUCAAGUUGCAUCACUCCUCUGUUCCGGGAGUUUGUCCUGUCUUUCUGUGAUGGGGAGAGAAGUGAACAGAAACCUGUGGAUGUGCUACGGUCCAUCCUUGGUAUUCCAACAGAGGACAUCCUAAGAGGCCCAGUUAUCAAAAAGCAACUUCAAGAGCAGCUUAGUCACCAAAAGCCUUACCUGAACCUCGUCCACUGUCUGUGGCAGUGGAUGCACGGUAGUGUUGGGGAGGCGAUGGAUGCUUUCGAGAGAGCCCUGGGAGCUGUAAUGCAGCUAAAUGUCCUUCAAAAGCUAUGGAUGGAUUAUCUCCUUUUUACCAGCAGUAAGCUAGCUGGGAGCCCCUCCAACGGCAGAGAGCUCCGGAUGUUAUCAGACCUGGUCCAGCGUUGCCUAGUAACUGUCCCUUCCAGGCUGGAGGUUCCGUUCAGCUCGGCCCAGUACUGGAGCUGCUUCAGAUUUCACAACAAGGUUAUGUUCCACUACCUGCGCUGUCUGCCCCAGUCCCAGCACCCCCAUAUCCUGGAGAGACUAAAGUACACCAUGCCCACCAACGCUGAACUGGCCCUGAGGUUGCUGUAUCAAGAGUGGCAGGACGGAAAUAUAGAACAUCUGAAAUUCCAGGCCAGAAUGUUGAGCAGUAGCAUUCCAAACUAUCUGGCCAACUGGAAAAUAGCGAUCGCUGUGGAGAGGGAACUCAAGGAGCGCUCCGAGGUCCGGCUUCUUUAUCAGCAAGCCCUGCAAAAGCUUCCACUGUGUGCCACCCUAUGGAAAGAUCGCCUGCUGUUUGAAGCUGCGGAGGGAGGUAAAACUGAUAAACUGAGGAAACUUGUUGACAAAUGUCAAGAGGUGGGAGUGAGUCUAAGUGAGCCCCUAAAUUUAGUCUGGAGCAAAAUGGAGGGAGAGGAUCACUGAGGAUAACCACCCCCACCCCCUCCACAAAAAAAAAAAAAAAAAAAAAAAAAGUUACAUCUAAGUCCAAUCAGACCAGACCACUGCCUAGGUUAGCCAGAGAGAGGGGGGCAGACUCUAGAGGCAGACACUCCCGCAGUAGGACUGUCUCCAGCCGGGAGACGUCUGUGGGCAGGACGGUUGCUCGCUCAUCACCGAAGCCAAUGAAUGAACUCCCUCCCUGUCCAAACUCUGGGCCACGCACUCAGGGUUAUAUCACCUUACAUCAUGUACGUAAGUAUAGACCUGCUAAUUAAGUGACACGUCUUUGUUUUUCCCUUUUUAAUUUACACGUUCCUUUUUUUCCUCAUGUCACUUAAUUUUAUUUUUGACCUUUUACCUUUACGUACGGGGUUGAAGACUUUUGACUGACUAUGGCAUCCUAACUGGGAUGUUGAUGUGCGUCUGUCUUGAGUGUUUUUAAAGGAGGUUUUCCCCAAAUAGUGACGCUCGCUGCUGCCUUCUACAGUAUGUAACUUUUUGUUCCAGUGUCUCCCAAGGGAAGAGAUCAAAUUACCUGUUUAUUUCGCUAUUUGUUUUAAGAAGUGAUAAAAAAAAAAACACAUUAACAAUCGCAUGAAAAUUAAAGGGCUGGC